AGCGUGACCAGCCGGGCUCCAUACUCUGCGGCUGAGCGCUCUCCUUGUCUGUCCACACUCACCGCUCCAUGGCCCGCACACCAUGACGGACUACGCCGAGGAGCAGCGCAAUGAGCUGGAGGCUCUGGAGUCCAUCUAUGCCGACUCAUUUAUUGUGUUAUCCACAACCCCUACAAGUUUUUCCAUCACUGUCACUUCAGAAGCAGGAGAGAAUGAGGAAAAUGAAGCUCCUCUCUAUGAAAUAGUCUCUGAAGAAAACCUUGAAUGUACAGAUACAUCGAGUUUACUAUGCUUGUUGGAAGACCAGGCUCAGGAAAACCUUGGGAUGGUUAUGAUUUUCACUUUAGUGUCUGCAGUUCAGGAUAAAUUAAAUGAAAUAGUAGACCAAAUCAAAACCAGAAGCGAAGAGGAGAAAUUGAGGAAAGAAAAAGAGGCAGAAGAAGCAGAAAAGUUACAGGUUUGCUUUCACGGAACUCCUGUCACAAUUGAAAACUUUCUAAGCUGGAAGGCCAAGUUUGAUGUCGAGAUGGCCGAAAUAAAAAAGAAAAAGCAGAAGGAAGAAGAACAAUCAGGAAAAAGUAAACUGACUGGAAAGCAGCUAUUUGAAAGAGAUCAUAAUCUGGAUACAUCAGAUAUCAAAUUUCUGGAAGAAGCUGGGAAUAGUGUUGAAGUGGAUGAAUCUUUAUUCCAAGAACUGGAUGAUUUAGAGCUGGAUGAUGAGGAUGACGAUCCAGAUUAUAAUCCAAUCGAUAUAGAAAGCGACUAAAUGUCUUGGAACCAGCACAUAUAGUAAAGCAGUCACAGUAUCUGUGGCUUAGUUAAGCAAGCAUUUACAGCUAUUUUUUUUUUCAAGUCAUAAUUUUAAUUUUCAGGAGAAUAUUCUUCUGAUGUCUCUCAUGGUUGACACUUAAUAAAAUGACUUAAAACAAAACUGUUUUUGAAAAACCUUUGCUCUGUGGUUUCCAUUUUAUACACAUACUGAAAUAUCUUCUGAAAUUACAGGCCAUGUUUAUCAGUUGGGCCAAUUAUUUCUGUGAGUUAUGAUUUCCAAAAUGAAAAAUCACAACCUUUUUAGUUUAUAUUUUUUAUCCAAUUAAAAAAAUUAGAAUAGUGCAUUUGCAAAGAUUCACAUUUUCAAAAAUUAGAUUAUGAUUGUUCUUUUAAGGUUAAUCAAAAGUUGGGUGAUUUAGCAAUUGGCUUUUUAAUUAACAUACAAUUUAUAUACAGAUACUGGACCAAUAAUGAUUAUAAAACAUGUAAAGGCUCAUUUACAAACAUAGGGGGAAUCUAUUAAAAGUCCCUAUCGGAAAAUCUAUUCACAAUGAGAACAAAUUUUGCUUUGUGCGAAUUUAAUAUAGCUUUUGCGAACCUGGAAACUGUUUAGCAACCACUUCCAACAGUGGAAGAACAUUUGUGAAUUUUAUAGUUUGCACUAAUGCGCAGUCAAUGUAAUAAAACUUCUUACUGAAAAA